AUGGCCGCUAUGACCGAGAAGGAAGCUAUGGUGGAUCCUUUUUUGGUCGAGGCUCUCCAGAACCCUCGUCAUCGUCUCACCAUUUUGCGGAUGGAGCUCGAUAUUCAAAAGUUCUUUCAAAACCCUGAGCAGCUUCAGUUCGAGUUCCGGCCUUUUCCAACAUCUUACCUGCGUCUUGCUGCACAUCGAGUCGCUCAGCAUUAUGGACUAGUGACCAUGGCUUUGGACAAUGGUACUGGUGCAGGGGAUGGAUCCGAGAACAGGAUCCUGGUGACGAAAACAGCGGAGAGUAGGUUUCCUUACGUCUGCUUAUCCGAAAUCCCUGUUAAGCAACCUGAGAAUGGUAGACCCGAGGGAUUCAAGAUCGCAAUCAAGCCUAGGCCCAAAAGAGGAUCUGGUUGCGGAGGUAGCGGCUCAGGAGUACAGCAAAAUCUUCUGAGAAGCGUCGAGGAGAGAAAAGAAGAGUAUGACAAAGCCAGGGCUCGGAUCUUUAACAGCCCUAGCAGUUCCGACUCUGAAGACUCUUCGUCGCUACGAGCUCCUCUUCCUCUUGAAGCGAAAACCGCGUGUAUAAACCGAAACGAGACUGAGGUUGCGGUCAAUAAUACUCCUGUUGAUGCUGGUGGCACUAGAGAAUCUGGACGCACUUCUCGAGUAGCCAUUAUCAGAGAUAGAGAGAAAGAUCGGUAUGAUCCUGAUUACGACAGGAGCUACGACAGGUAUGUCGUGGAUCCCGCCUACAGGUACGUUAGGGUUAUGCCAUCAGGGCAAAGCUUCAGUCCGAUGCCAAUCCACAUUCCGUUUCACGACGGAGUUUUCCCGCAGAUGCCAAGAGGUCACCAAGUUCAUCUUAACUACGGGCAUCCGCUAAACCCGGCUUUGGGUCCUUUUACUAAUAACGCAGCUGCUUACACACCGUGGCCAAACUCACCAGUCGCUAUGAACUAUGCGCAGUCGUUGAAUGGUCCAGACACUAAUCUUUACAGGCAUCCUUCUGCAAGCAACCCCUGA